ACUGAUAAGUUCGCGAUCGUGAAACAGUCGUUCUGCAUAGUGCCUACGGCACGUUGUUGGUUUCGCGAAGGCCACGUUAUCGAUUGCCGUCGAUCGCUAUCGAUUGCUACGCUGGUGGGGCCCCGGGCACUAGAAUGACGUCGCGUGGCGAUCGUUGCGCUGAAAGGGUGCAAAAGUGGCUCCCAACAGACGCGGGCUCGACGAGGGAUGGAGAUAGAAUGGUCUGGAUCAUUGCUUGAGACGACACUUGACGCGUUGUUCUUAUUUUCAUCUCAAUCAAACCUCCAGGGUCGUUCUUUCUUUGAUACUUGUCCACUGUGCUAUCUUUCUUCUCACUCGCUUCUUCAAACAUCAAUGCAACUAUGAAUGUCUACCCGCGGCAGUCGUCUGGCUCAGGAUCCGACAGUACUGACCAGUUUCUGAACUUAAUAGCGGAUCCGUUUCAAGCAGAGGUCCAACAAAACUCCAUCUACGCCGCCAUUGUCUACGCCUUCGCCAUCUCCGGCGCUCUUUUCCUCCUCUUCUGCAUCCUUCGGCCCCGCAACUCCCGCGUCUACGCUCCGCGUGCAAAACAUGCCGAUGAGAAACACGCGCCGCGACAACUCGACCGCAAGCCCCUCGGGUGGAUCGCAGCAAUACGCGGUGUCAAGGAACAAGAGCUGGUAGAAAAGAUUGGCCUGGAUGCCGUGGUCUUCUUGCGCUUUCUGCGGAUGCUGCGGAAUAUCUUCCUCGUCCUGUCUGUGUUCGGCUGCGGCAUCUUGAUACCAAUCAAUGUAGUCGGAGGCAGUGCUUUUUACGAGCAAUGGGACAAUGUUGCGACGCUGAUGAAGUUCACGCCCCAGUAUAUUUUUGGGCCCAAGUUCUGGGCUUUCGUCAUUUGCUCAUAUCUAUUCCAGGGGACCAUUUGUGGUUUCUUGUGGUGGAACUAUCGGGCCGUAUACCGGUUGAAGAGGGCGUAUUUUGAGAGUGCCGACUACCAACAGUCGCUCCAUUCCAGAACGCUGCUGCUCACUCACAUCCCCGAGUCGUCGAGGACAGACGACGGAAUCGCUGAGCUCGUUAACAUAGCCAAGCCGACGCAAACUCUUCCACGAACCGCGAUUGGUCGCAACGUCAAAGAUCUCCCCAAAUUGAUCGAAGCGCACGGUGAAGCUGUUCGUGAGCUCGAAGCUGUCCUAGCCAAGUACUUGAACAAUCCGGAGAGGUUGCCGGAGAAGCGGCCGAUGUGCGAGCCUGAGAAAGACGACCGAUCAAUUUAUGGUAAACACAAGGUCGAUGCUAUAGAUUACCUGACGGAUCGCAUUUCAAGGCUCGAAAUACAAAUCAAAGAAGUGCGCGAGACCGUCGACAAGAGGAACCCUACACCCUACGGCUUUGCCAGCUAUCCGCGUAUCGAAGAUGCCCACGCUGUGGCAUACGCAUCGAAGAAGAAGGGACCCAAAGGCUGCGACGUUUACCUCGCUCCUAAGCCUCAUGAUCUUCUUUGGCAGAACCUUCCCAUGACUAGGAGGACUCGGCGGGCUCGCAUGUUUUGGGACGGCCUUUGGAUGAUUCUUUUCACGGCCGCUUACAUCGUUCCUAACAUUGCCACUUCAGUUUUCCUUUCGGACUUCUCGCAUUUGGGGCUUGUUUGGCCUGCUUUCCAGACUAAUUUGGUGGCCCAUCCCACUGGCUGGGGUAUUGCUCAAGGAAUUCUAGCCCCGACCGUACAAACUUUGAUCUAUAUGGGCAUACCGGUCAUGUUCCGUCGCCUGUACACUCAUUCAGGUGACGUCUCAAAGACUUCCAGAGAGCGUCACGUCACGGCCCGUUUGUACAUCUUCUUCGUCUUCAACAACCUGAUUGUCUUUUCCAUCUUUGGUUCAGCAUGGCGUUUCGUCGCCACUGUCAUUGCCGCGAAAGAUCAAGGCAUCUGGGAAGCAAUUAAAUCAGCGCACGUCUUCUCCAAAGUCAUGACGGGGCUCUGCAAUAUGUCCACUUUUUGGUUGACUUGGCAGAUGCAAAAGAACCUUUCAGCAGCUACGGAUCUUGCUCAAGCAUGGCCGUUGGUACGGAGCUAUAUUCAGCGCAAGCUCUUCACCCCUACACCUCGCCAGCUCAUCGAGCUGAGCGCCCCUCAACCGUUCAUGUACGCCGAGUACUACAACAGUUACCUGCAAGUCGCAGUAGUCGGUCUUACGUUCGGCACCUUACAACCAAUUAUCCUCCCUGUCACAGCUUUCUAUCUCGCCAUCGAGUGCUGGUUCAAGAAAUACAUGGUCCAAUACGUUCUCAUCACCAAGACAGAAUCCGGUGGCCGCUUCUGGCGCCUUCUCGUCAACAGAAUGCUCAUCAGCGUCGCCCUCGGAAAUGCCGUCAUUGCCCUCGUUGUCGGCGCGCAGGGCGUUGGAAGCAUAAAUUCAGUGCGCAACGGUAAUAUGCUAUACGCCAUGAUACCCCUCCCUUUGCUACUCCUCGCCUUCAAAUGGUACUGCAAGCGUGCCUUCGACGACAAGCUCAUUUACUACUCCACCCAGCCCUUCUCCGACGCUGAAGACGCCGCGUCGCCAGAUGGCAAGAAAAUGAAGCGCAACGACCGCGUCGCCGUGCGCUUCGGGCAUCCUGCACUAUACAAGAAGUUGAUCACGCCUAUGGUGCACGCCAAGUCGCAGCACCUCCUGAAAGAAAUAUACGGCCACCGCUCCAGCAUCGGCGACCGGAACAUCUUCGAAGCGCCACACCGCCGGUCCACGGACCGCGCUAUGCCGACGACGCCUUACGGCUACAGUGACGUCUUCAUGGCAGAGAUGGAUUCCGCCGAGCCAGGCAAGCCCGUCCCUGUCGCUCAAGAUCUUCCCAGUGUAGAGCUCGUUGCGGAAGAAGAUCUGGACUUUGAGAACUUCAAGAAGAGAGCCGAGUUCCGAGAACAAUUCGGCGGGGACGGCGAGCUCUAUGGCAGACCCGAGGACCUCAUCAGUCGCCCAGGGACACCGAGCACGUUCGCCACGCUAAACGGAUCUGGCUUCUUCCCACAGAAGGUGACGGGUGAAUCGUCGACGCGGGCGUCGAGUGCUACGAAGCGCGGCAGCGAUGACGAGCCGUCGAGGGAUCAUGAGGAAGGUGUCUUGUACGGACCAGGGUACCAACGCACGCCGCUGCGCGACCACUUUGAGGAGGUCGAUGUGGAUAUCCCUGCGACGCCGUUCGAUGCGGAUGAAGUGCUGCAGGCGGGGAGAGUAGUGAGGCAGGAUAGUCAUGGGAGGUUGCUGCAGGAAGAGGGGAACAGGGAGGUGGAAUACUUUCCGGGUUUCUACAAAGAAGAUACGAGUUAUGACAGAUCUAGAAGGUAAGGAUAGAUAAAAGGGAAUGUACGAUGUUAUAUUUGUUAGCAAUAUAGAUUGUGUGGCAUAG